AGGAAGGAAUGAAGGAAUGAAGGAAGGGACUUAAACAUCCCUCCUAUCAAACAACAGAUAAUCAACUGCUGGGUUAAAUGCUGCUUUGAAGCCUUUUAUCUCAGUAGAAGGAAUUAUAAAAACCCCAUGUCACCAUAGGAUUGAAUCCAAAUCUCACCAUUGUGUUAAAACAUAAUCACAACUUGAUCGUGUGUAGGAGACUAGGAGACUAGGAAAGGACACUUCAGUUUUUCCCCUUUUUAGUCUCGACACCAACUGAACCUGAAGUGUUCUAAAUAAUAACUUUUUUUUUUCUUAAAAAAUUACUACAGUAAUAUUUUUUUAAAAUCCUUAUGGCAAUGGAUUCUGAAGCGAAUGAAUUCCAGCUCAGAUUUGAAGAACUGAAGAGACAGGGAAGCAGUUCGUCCAAUGACAGAAAGGCAGAGUGGGAACACAUGGCCCAGCUGUGCGUGAAGAACCUGCGUCUGGACAUAGCCCGCGUAUGUCUUGCAAGACUGGGCAAUGCCAGGGCGUUAAAAGCCCUGAGGGAAGUCGAGGCUGAGCCGGAACUACAAGCACAGGUGGCGAUGUUGGCCACUCACCUUGGCAUGCUGGAAGAGGCUCAGACCUUGUACAGGAGCUGUCACCGCUUUGACCUUCUGAACAUCUUCUACCAGGCUUCAGGCCGGUGGCAGGAGGCCCUGGAGACAGCCGAGGGCCACGAUCACAUUAAUGUGAAGAACACCUACUACAGAUAUGCCAAAUACCUGGAGUCCACAGGGGACACGCCCCAGGCCAUUGACUAUUUUGAAAAGUCGGACACUCACAGGACUGAAGUUCCUCGGAUGCUCCAGGACGACCUUUCUGCUCUGGAGGUCUACGUUAACAAGAAGAAGGACAAGGACAUCUUUAAGUGGUGGGCUCAGUACCUGGAGACCCAGUCGGAGAUGGACUCAGCGCUACAUUUUUAUGACUGUGCUCAGGAUUAUCUGUCCUUGGUGCGACUCCACUGCUUCAUGGGCAGCAGCCAAAAAGCGUUUGAGAUCGCCCACGCCUCGGGUGACAGAGCAGCGUCGUACUACCUGGCCAGACACUACGAGCGUCAUAACGAGGUCAAACAGGCGGUGCACUUCUACAUCCGCGCCCAGGCCUACAACAACGCCAUCAGACUUUGUAAGGACAACGGUCUGGACGACCAGCUGAUGAACAUGGCUCUGCUCAGUAACCCCGAGGACAUGAUGGAGGCCGCGUGUUACUACGAGGAGCGAGGCACCCACAUGGACCGAGCCGUCGACCUUUACCACAAGGCUGGCCGUGUGUCCAAAGCUCUGGAGCUAGCCUUUGCCACGGAACAGUUCUCCGCACUUGAGUCAAUCGUGGAGAACUUGAGCAAGAACGCAGACCCCGCCCUGCUGGCGCGCUGCUCCGACUUCUUCAACACGCAUUCGCAGUACGACAAGGCAGUGGAAUUACUGGUAACUGCCAAGAAGUACCAACAGGCCCUGGAGUUGUGUGUGGUCAGGGACGUGGUCAUCACGGAGGAGCUGGCGGAGAGGAUGACACUGGAGUCCAAGGAUCUGCCCGAGGAGGAGCGCAGGACGGUGCUGCAGAGGUUAGGAGACUGCUGCAGGCACCAGGGCAACUACAGCCUGGCCUCCAAGAAAUACGUGCAGGCGGGCAACAGGCUGAAGGCCAUGAAGUCUCUCCUGAAAUCUGGAGACACAGAGAAAAUCAUAUUCUUCGCCAACUUUUGUCGUCAAAAAGAGCUUUUUCUCAUGGCCGCCGACUUCCUCCGCUCUCUGGACUGGCAGAACGAUCCAGAAGUCCUGAAGACGAUUAUACAUUUUUACACUUCGGCCAAAGCCCAGGAUCUUCUGGCCGACUUCUACGAAGCCUGGGCUCAGGUAAAUAUUGACGAGUAUCAACGUUAUGAAGAUGCGAUGAACAUUUUGACCGAAGCAGCCAAGUGUCUCACCAAAGGCCAGGACCCGUCGUCUGAACGGGACGAUCCCAGAUUGACUCGUCUGAAGCACAAGGUCGUCCUGAUAAAGAAAUACGUCCGUGCACGAAGAUUGUGCGAGGAGAACCCUGGGUUUGCCGUGCAGAUUUGCGAGGCCCUGCUGCAGGAGCCGGACGUGGACCACGCCGUCAGACUGGGGGACAUUUAUGGUUUCCUGGUGGACCAUCACUGUCAAAAAGGAAACAUUCAUUUGGCUGUCGUUAAGCUGCGGGAGCUUCGUCAGCUGCUACCGUCCACCAACGUUGGACGUUUCAUCAGCAAGUCCAGUGCGGAGGUGUUGAAGAAGGAGACACUCGUUCACAGCGAGCGAGGUGACGGCGGACACGUUUCGGACGAAGAUUUGUUGCUGUAAUAAAACCACCGAUAAAAUC